AUGUUCGGUCUGCUGGGAACACUAGUAAUCGGCUGCACGAUAUUUUCUUUGGUAUAUUUAUAUCGCCACUACAGCUACUGGCUACGACGUGGAAUUCUACAAGAAACUCCAUUGCCUUUGAUUGGAAAUUUCAAAGGCCUGGGAACCACACAUCACUUGCGGGACAUCUAUCAACGUUUAUAUAAUGAAUUUAAAGGCCAGGCACCUUUUGCGGGAUGUUAUAUGUUUAUGCAGAGGUCGGCAUUACUAUUAGAUUUGGAUUUAAUAAAAAAGGUGUUGGUUAAAGAUUUUCAAUAUUUUCAAAAUCGUGGUGGUUUUCAUAACGUCGAAGAUGAUCCUCUGACGGGGCAUUUGAGCAACUUAAAAGGAGAGCAGUGGCGUAAAAUGAGAGCUAUGCUAACACCGGUCUUUACCACGGCACGUAUGAAAUAUAUGUUUCCGACAGUUGUUAAAGUGGGUAAAAUUUUAUUGCAAACCAUCGAUGAGGUCUUGGAGGAGAAACGUAAGGAUCCAGUGUUAGAAAUCAAGGACCUGUGUUCACGUUUUACCACCGAUGUCAUUGCCAAUUGUGCCUUCGGCAUUGAGUGCAGUAGCCUAAAGGACCCCAAGACGGAAUUUCGUCAAAAAGGCAUUGAGAUUUUUACCAAACCGCGGCAUCACCCCUUGCUGCUAUUGUUCAUGGUAAUGAAUCCGAAUAUUUGCCAACGUCUAAGAAUGAAAUUAUUUCCCGAUGACCUGACGGAAUUUUUCAUGAGCGUUAUACGCCAAACUGUGGAAUAUCGUUUGGAAAAUAAUAUAAAAUCCAAUGAUUUUAUAGAUCUCAUGAUUGAAAUGAAGGCCAGAGAGGGAGAGGGGAUAAGUUUUGAGCAGAUGGCUGCCUUUACGUUCGAUUUCUUUUUGGCCGGGUUUGAAACCUCAUCGACCACAAUGGCGUUUACUUUAUACGAAUUGGCAAGGAAUCCAGAAAUUCAGGAACAUCUAAGAGAAGAAAUUUUGGGAAUUUUAGGGGAGGACGAUACGGAACUCCGCUAUGAAGAUAUACAAAAAAUGACCUACUUAGAGCAGACGAUUUCAGAAACUUUGCGCCUAUAUCCCGUCCUCGCUGGCCUAAUACGUGUUGCCACACACGAUUACCACGUCCCCCACACAGGGCACACCAUUGAAAAGGAUAUUCAAAUAAUCAUACCUAUCCAUGCCAUUCACCAUGAUUCCGAUUAUUAUGAAAAUCCCGAGGAGUUCAAUCCAAAUCGCUUUGGCGCGGAGGCAUCUGAGAGACGUCACCCCUCAGCAUAUUUACCAUUUGGUGAGGGUCCACGAAGUUGCAUUGGUAUGCGUUUUGGUAAAAUGCAAACGAAAAUAGGUUUAAUAUUUCUAUUGAGCAAAUAUCGUUUUGAGUGUUGCCCCCUAACGCAAGUUCCAAUGGAAUUGGAUAAGAGGGGAUUUUUCGUAACUUCGAAAAAUGGAAUAUAUUUAAAAGUUGUUGGAAUAAAGAGAAGGGUGUGGAGAAUUCACUGA